CAUGUGCGGCCAACUGGUGGUGGGACAGUGAAGUUUCUCGCAGGAGUCUCGAGUUGGACACCGCUGGGUUCAUAAUGAUCUCCGCAUCUUGCAUUUUGGCGCUCGGGCUGUUUUCGUCUGCGCUGGGCAAACAUCAGUACGAAGGGGGAAAGUUUUCACAUUUGAGGAGGCUGCAGGGGGAGUUGGGUGGUGAUGAGGAGCGACUUAUUCCAGAGAGGAAGGAGCUGCCGAAGCGCAGCGCAGGACUGAAUGAACAGACAUGUACAGCUUUGCCCGGAGUAGAGUCAGCCCUGCUGAACGACACCAGCACUUUCACGUUCAAGGUGCAGACAUUGGGUUCACUGUCUUUAGCCUGGGUGGGCGAUGGAUCAGGGGUGCUGCUGGUGUUGACAACCUUUCAGGUGCCUUUGUUCAUGAUCCGCUUCGGCCAGUCUAACCUCUACAGGAGUGAAGACUAUGGGAAGACGUUCAAAGACGUGACUCAUCUGAUUAACCACACCUUCAUCCAGACAGAGUUCGGCAUCGCUAUCAGUCCAGACCACUCAGGGAAGGUGAUCCUGAGCGGUGAUGUGUCCGACGUCGGGGGUUUUCGGCUGUUUCGCUCGCAGGACUUUGGACUGACCUUUGUUUCCACCGACCUGCCAUUUGAGCCCCUCAUUCAGAUCCUGUACAACCCCGGGGACUGCAACAAACUUCUGACACUCAGUAUCAUGAUGGACCUGUGGUUGUCUGAGGACUUUGGUGCCACCUGGAGGAAGAUCCACGACAGUGUGUGUUUGGUCAGAUGGGGUCCAAAGAAUAGCAUCUACUUUACCACAAACAACAACGGAUCAUGCAAUGACAAAGGCAUGUUACAUCUACGAAAGACAUUCGACUACGGUAAAAGUUUCCACACCAUUGCAACGAGAGUUUACUCAUUUGUACUUGGAGGAAGAUUUGUUUUCGCCUCCAUCAUGACUGGCACGAGUACAGAGCGUAUGAUCCACGUCUCAGUAGAUGGCGGCGAGACGUGGAACAUGGCUCAGCUUCCUACAGUCACCCACGAGCAGUUUUAUUCCAUCCUGGCAGCCAAUCAGGACGUGAUCUUCAUGCACGUGGAUGACCCCGGUGACUCUGGUGUUGGAACCAUCUAUGUGUCAGAUGACAGAGGAACUGUGUUCUCCAAGUCUCUGGAGCGCCACCUCUACACAACCACAGGAAGUGACACUGACUUCACUGUCAUCCAUUCACUCAGGGGCGUCUACAUGACCAGUGUGCUCGCAGACGAUGGCACAGUGGAGACUGUAAUCACCUAUGACCAAGGAGCAAAGUGGCAGAGGCUGCGCAGACCAGAGAACAGCCACUGUAACACUGACACCUCUACCAACAGACCUAACAGAUGCAGGCUACACAUCCACGCCUCCUACAGCACCACCAUGAAGAUGAACGUCCCCAUGCUUCCUCUCUCACAGCCCAGUGCAGUGGGCCUCAUUCUGGCCCACGGCAGUGUUGAAGAUGCAGAGUCAGUUCUUUUCCCUGAUGUGUAUGUGUCUGAUGAUGGGGGCUACUCAUGGAUGUUGGCCCUCAAGGGACCCCAUCAUUAUGCUAUACUGGACUCAGGAGGCCUGCUGGUGGCUGUGGAGCACACUAACUUACCUGUCAGCCAGAUAAAGUUUUCCACAGAUGAAGGACAGUGCUGGCAUACAUAUAACUUCACCAAUGACCCACUUCACUUCAGUGGCAUGGACAGUGAGCCUGGCUCUCGCUCCAUGAACGUCAGCCUGUGGGGCUACAGGAAGGACUUCAGUAAAUGGGUGGUGAUCACUAUAGACUUCAGGAAGCUCCUCACCAGAGACUGCACAGAAGGAGACUACGUGCAGUGGUUGGCUCACUCUUCAGACACCACUGGUUCUAAUGAUGGCUGUUUGCUGGGCUAUAAAGAGACCUUCUUACGCCUGAGGAAAGGCUCUGUUUGCUGGAACGGGAGGGACUAUGCAGUCACCAAGAGGCUGUCCCCCUGUCCAUGUACACUGGAUGAUUAUCACUGUGAUUUUGGGUAUUACCGACCAGAGAACAGCUCAGAGUGUGUGGAGCAGGAAGAGUUGAAGGACCGUCCUUUGGAGUUCUGUUUAAAUGGGACCACUGAACAGCUGCAGACCAGUGGCUACCGGAAGAUUCCCAGCAGCCAGUGCGAGGGAGGUUUCCAACCAGUUAGGAAGGAGACGGACUUGAGGAGGAUGUGCACCAGCAACGCUCUUAUUCCUUAUUCCCUAAUUGAAAACAGUUCAACGAAUACUGCUCUCAUAGUCAUGGUCGUCAUAGCGAUCCUCCUGACAAGCGCUGUCGCAGGUGUUUGGCUGGUUAAGAAAUAUGUCUGUGGAGGACGGUUCCUCGUGCACCGUUACUCUGUUAUGAGGGAACAUGCUGAAGCUAACAAAAUAGAAGGAGUGGAUGAUGUGGACCCCCACUACAUGGAGACAGGAAAAGCACAGUACAAUGAGGACUCGGAUCAGGACCUUUUAGAAUAAGAUUUCUUCCCACUCAAAGGCUCUUCAGACUAAAUCUAAAGCAGUCUUUCAUGAUGCCUGGGCAUUCCUGUUGCUCCCACAUGCUGAUUAACAUCUGCUUCUCACUUCUCGCUAUCCCCUGGAGGCCGGAGGACUCAGCAGCAGCGGGGCGACUUCCUAUAUUGCUUCCUUGUACCGGCUGAGACUCCCAGCAAAUAGGCGCACUGGUGAUUUUGGGAGGGGACAGAAGAAAGGCUCUGGGAUCCCCGGAGAGCUUUUGUUCUCUCUGUCACAGAAAAUUCUGUAAAGACCUUUGAGCGUGAAAAUGUGCUCCAUUGUGCUCUGUAUGUUUCCUUUCAUGAUGACCUGAGAAGAGACCGCGUUGCACUGCACAAGCACCAUGCAGCUGCUACAGCUGGGCAUGUGGGUGCACAGAAUGUUUUAUUAAGAGCUGGGAAACAUGGGAGAAACAGGACACAGAAAAUAAUCAGUAUUUUAGCUCAGAGUUUUCAUCUGCUGUCAGUUAAGUAGUUUUUGUACUCUGUACAUUUAAAACUUUAGGAUCCAGUCCUUGUGUUCAUGGUGGGCCACUUUAUAUGUUUCGCUAAUCGCUAAAAUGAAGCAAUAACAUAAUUUUUUGUUCCUCAUUUUGUCACAGGUUUUGGGAAAUUGGGGUUUUGUAUUUGAUACUAACUCCUGUGAACAGUGGUACCUAUUUUUAAUAGUCUUUUUCUUUCAACCAUACUGUCUGGAUCUUUGAAGGUAAAAACUGGCCAGAAUCGCUUAAUGCACUAGAAAUUGUAAGACUCAAAUUGGUGAUUGGAAUUGGCUUUUUCUAAGGAGAACCUUUCAUCUUUUGUUAGGUACCAGAUAAUGUGUCAAAGUUAAUGUAGUUCUUGCUUUUAAAACAUGUUCUCCUAGUUCAGUGUGCAAAUAAUGGAUAUUAAAAAUCAGAAGCUGCUGUGCUACUGGGAUUUUCCUGCACAACCAUUCCUUCACAGAGAAUGGUCUGAAAAAGAGAAAAUAUGCAGUUAGUAAGUUUUCUGGGUGGAGAUUUCUUGUUGAUGUCAGAGGAGCUUUGAGCUGACAGGAUUCCAACAGUAACU